AUGGCGCAUCUUGAAGCUAUCGCCUCCGAGGUAUCGUUGUAUCCGUAUAGCAAUGGGAAGAGGACAGGUAGUCGGGUUAAAUUCCCAGACACGGCAGCAUUCUCGUCAAUGAACAAACCCUCGCGUUUUGAGGGAGACAUUACCAAUCUUGAAGUUACAGGCGAGAUCCCUCGUGAUAUCAACGGGACGUUCUAUCGUGUACAACCGGAUCAUCGAUUUCCGCCAAUAUUUGAAGAUGAUAUUCAUUUCAAUGGUGAUGGUAGCGUCACAGCUAUCCGCAUUAAAGACGGACACGCCGACUUUAAACAGCGGUAUGUGCGGACAGACAAGUUUCUAAAGGAGGAAGAGGCACGGCAGAGCCUAUUUGGUCGGUACCGGAAUCCGUACACAGACAACGAAAGCGUCAAGGGCGUGAUCCGCACUGUCAGUAAUACUAACGUCACAUUCUGGCGAGGCAUGCUCCUAGCAAGCAAGGAGGACGGCCCGCCAUUCGCCAUGGACCCCGUCACGCUGGAGACCAUCGGAAGAUACGACUUCGAGGGCCAGAUCACGGCUCCGACGUUUACUGCGCACCCCAAGUUCGACCCGGACACCGGCGAGAUGCUAUGUUUUGCGUACGAGGCCGGAACUGAUGGUUCUGAUUGUGAAGCCGAUGUCGUGACUUGGACUAUUAACGCCGACGGCCAAAAGACCGAGGAAUUGUGGUUCAAGGCGCCAUUCGCCGGCAUGAUACACGACUGUGGUGUCUCGAAGAAUUACACGGUGCUCCCGCUCACGCCGCUCAAGAUGUCUCUUGAGCGCCUUAAGGCCGGCGGAAAUAAAUUCGCGUGGGACCCGAAUGAGGACCAGGUUUACGGGAUCGUGCCAAGGCGCGGCGGCAAGCCGGAGGAUGUGAAGUGGUUCCGAGCUGACAACGGAUUCCACGGGCACGUCGCCGGGUGCUACGAGAACGAAGACGGACACAUCGUCUUCGACCUCACAGUCGCCGACGGCAACGUAUUCUUCUGGUUCCCUCCGGACGGCGAGAAACCCGAUCUACCAGGGCGACAGCGCCUAAGCAGCCCAACAUGCCGAUGGGUCUUCGACCCUCAAGCCAAGUCCGGCACGCGCGUCAAGGCGUCCGUCGAAUGGACCACGAACGGCGAGUUCUCGCGCAUCGACGACCGCUACGUAACCAAGAAGUACGAGCACUUCUGGCAGCUGCGCGUGGACCCCGCGCGGCCGUACGACUUCGCGCGCUGCGGGCCCCCCGCCGGCGGCCUGUUCAACUGCAUGGCGCACUACACAUGGGACGCCGGCUCAGGCGACAAGCCCGGCAAAGAAGACGUGUAUUUCGCCGGCCCGACCGCGACGUUCCAGGAGCCGGUGUUCAUCCCCAGGGACGGCGGCAGCGAGGGCGAGGGGUACCUAGCCGCGCUGAAGAACAACCUCGACGAGCUGCGCAACGACGUGGUCAUCUGGGACGCGCUGGACUUGGCUAAGGGGCCGCUGGCCACGCUGCACUUGCCGCUGCGGCUGCGGCUCGGGUUCCAUGGCAAUUUCGUGGAUCAUCGCGAUAUCGAGGCGUGGCAGGAGCGUCGGAGGGGAGAGCUGGGACCUGUGCUGCCGGCGAAGGAGCCGCUGCCGUGGCAGAAGGCGUUUGUGGCGAAUGGGGAUCGUGGGAAUGGUGCGACGAAUGGUCAUGGGUCUUCGUAG